AUGUCAAUCCACAGCGCACCACGCGUGGCGCAUAUCGACGACGAAAUGGAGGUGGAUCUGGAUGUAGAGGACGAUUUCGAGACAGAAGCCGAGGAGGAGAUUGACCAGCUGGACUCGGACACCACGGAGGACGAGGUGCCCGCUGGAAACAGCAGAGCGCGCCAGCGGCGACCUGUGCAACGAGAACGCGUCCCAGGCCAAACACUCAUACCUAUGGAUCGUCUGGAGACAAUACUGGACUCAGAAGGGGUGGGUAGCCAUAUGUCAAAAGAAGCCAUGUUCAUGCUUGCCGCUGCCACAGAAGCGAUCGUCAGACGGUUGGCUGAGGCUGGACACCGUCAGGCUGCCCAUGACAGACGUUCAAUUAUCAACUAUCGUGAUUUAGCCUACGCCACGCUCCAGUAUCGAGAGCUCGAGUUCCUACAGGACACCAUCCCACAGCCGGUUCCCCUGGCUGAUGCCUUGGAACGGCGUGCCGCAAAAGAGAAGGAGCUCUUGGAGCCUGCAGUGUCUACUGCGCCAUCGCCGCUUCCCGGCUUCACCCCGCUACCUACGCCAUUACCGUCUAUUUUACCUAACGUUUCAAAUCCUACCACCACAAAACAACGCAAGGGGCGUUCAGUAAACGGCACCAGUGAGACGAACGCAAAUGCACACACAGCUCCUUCCCAUCGUCCGACUCCGACUGCUGACGAUGUUGGCAGACGUCAAAGUAACCGCGGAAUAAAAUCACGCCGACGACAAGACACCCUCAGUAGUGAUAUCGAGACGCAUGAGGACUCUUCGUCAGCCACGAAGUCGCAGAACGGAAACUCAAAGGCCCCGCAAGUGGGCGGACUCCGCAUGCCAGGCCCGUCAACGGUCAAGAUAGCGUAA